AUGAUUUGGAUACGUGAUAAAACAGAUCAAAUUCAUCCAACAUUAGAUUCUCUUCGACACACUUAUUCACAACAUCAAAAACGUGUCGAAAUACAACAAGAUCUCUAUCAACAUAAAACAAAUUGGAAAGUCAUCGGUAGUUUCAUAUCGCUCGUUAUUUUUAUCAUAUUAUUCUUUGGAACAAUUGUUGGAAUACCGAUUAUUUUAACUGAAAUAAAAAAAGUACCGAUAUGUUCUGUGACAUCUGAAUGGGUUCAACAUUCAAAUGUAAAUGUUUCUAAACCAUUGUGUGCAGCAACUGCAUCAUGGAAUCCUAGUGGUGUCACUGUCGCUGGUUUAGCCAGUGGAUUACCAUCAACAUCACUUGAUGGUUUACAAUAUCCUACUGAUAUAUAUGUAUACGGAAAUGGAAUUGUAUUAGUAGCCGAUUGUAAUAAUAAUCGUAUUACUAAAUGGCAUCCAAAUGCUACAGAAGGAAUCCUUAUAGCCGGCACAGGAUCGUACGGUUCUUGGAAUACCUUACUUGCUAAACCGGCAGCUCUUGCUAUUCGAGGUGAACGACUCUAUGUUUCUGAUCUAGAGAAUUAUCGCAUACAGGUAUUUCCUCUCCAUAGUAAUUUGAGUUCUCCAGAAGCUGUAACAUUAAUUGGACGUUAUGGUCAAGGUUCUGAUAUAAAUCAAAUUGAUGAAGUAACCAGUUUAAUAGUUCCAGUUUUAUAUCCAUCAUUAUUAUACAUGGCUGAUUCAAAAAAUCAUCGAAUUCUUGUGUGGGAUUCUGAGAUAGACACUACAAAAUUAGUUGCUGGUCAAUCAAAUAUAUUUGGAUUUGAUUCAAUGCAAUUAUACAAUCCAAUUGGUAUUGCAUUAGAUGAAAAAACAAAUUCACUUUAUAUUGCUGAUACAUAUAAUAGUCGUAUACAAAAAUACAAUAUAAAUGAACGAAAUUCAAGUAUGACUGUAGCUGGUUGGAAUCAACUUAAUAAACCAUACUCUGUACAACUUGAUCCAUCUGGUAAUCAUAUGUUCAUUGCAGAUACAUUCAAUCAUCGUAUAUUAGUAUGGACAAAUGGUGCUAGACAAGGUAGAAUGAUUGCUGGUGAUAAUACACCAGGUAAUAAUGCCUUUAAACUUAAUAGUCCAACUCAAAUUCAAUUCGAUUCAAAUUAUAAUUUAUAUGUUGUUGAUACUAACAAUUCUCGUAUUCAACGUUUUGAUCUUAUAUCAAAUGGAUGUUAA